ACUGUUUUUCUAAAGAGCCUGCAGGCACCUGUUCGGCUAAGUGACAUCACCAACAGAGGACUCCUCCCUCCUCAUCUUCCUCCCCUGGGCUAUAAAGGAGCUUGGUUUUCAUGGUAGCAUUACCAAGCCACAAUUAAACAACAAAUCAGAGAUCAAGAGGGGUGAUCACACAUGCUGCCAUCACAAAGAAGAGCACAAAGAACACAAGACAAAUCUUAGGAUUCAAAUCUAUAUAUUUUGUAAUAAGAACAUUAACGGAUUUCAAAUCUAAACUGGACUAAAUCCUCUGUUUAUUCUAGAAAAUGUGUCCCUGAUUCUGGAAGUUAAGAAUAUUGUGCACUUCUAGAUUCCAGUGACCUCAUCGUUUCUCCAGAAAGGGCAGGUGUAGAAGAGAGACUCACCCAGGGAGCCAGAAUGUCGAUGGGCAUGGAGAUCGUGGGCAUCGCCCUGGGAUUCAUUGGAUUCAUCCUCGGUAUCGUGGUCUGUGCUUUGCCAAUGUGGAGGGUGACAGCCUUCAUCGGAGCCAACAUUGUCACUGCUCAGGUCAUCUGGGAGGGGUUGUGGAUGAACUGUGUAACCCAGAGUACGGGCCAGAUGCAGUGUAAGAUCUACGACUCCAUGCUGGCCCUGGCCCAGGACCUCCAGGCUGCCAGAGCCAUGACCAUCAUCGCCAUCAUCCUCGGGGUUCUAGCGGUGAUGAUCUCCAUUGUCGGAGCCAAGUGCACCAACUGUAUCGAUGAUGAACCCUCCAAAGCAAAAGUCAUGAUCAUCUCCGGAAUCUUCUUCAUCCUGGCCAGUUUCCUUAUCCUCAUCCCUGUCUGCUGGUCAGCCAACACCAUCAUCCGAGACUUCUACAACCCCCUUUUGAUCGAGGCCCAGAGGAGAGAGCUGGGGGCUUCCCUCUACAUUGGCUGGGGGGCAGCCGCCUUGCUCCUGAUAGGAGGGUGCAUGCUGUGCAGCUCCUGCCCCCCCAAGGAGGAGAAGAGGUACCCACCCCGCAUGGGCUACUCUGCCCCUCGCAGUGUGGGUGGCAAUACAGCGGGAUACGACAAGAAGGACUAUGUUUGAGAAGGACAAGAAGACAAAGGGUGACAGAUUAGAGGUGUCUCUGUCCUGAUCAUUAAUGUGUAUUUUUGCGGUCUAAAUGACUCCGACAUGAAGGGAUGUGUGUGUUUAAUGUUAUGGCUCUUCUUUUCCUCCUCUGCGUGUUUCUGUGUAGGUUCAUUGUUUAGCUUUUGUCUUGUGUGAAGAGUGGUCAGGAUUCUCAGGGCGAGGAUGACUUGUAAAUAGUUGUAUUUUGUAUGGAGAAAACAUAUAUUUUUAAAUUAGAUUUGUUGAUGAGCUGUGUGUGUGAUCCAGGUCUAUGCAUAAAAGUGGGGACCUGAUGUUAAAGUUAGCUUUAGGCAUUAUUGGUUAGGGUUGGGUGUUAGUGCUAGGCAUAAACGUUAGGUUAUUGAGCUAAGAUAAGGGAUAAGAUUAGGGCUCAGGGAUUGUGAGCAUGAAUUUCUGGGUUUCAGUUCCCCCAUACGCACAAACACCUGAAUAACAAACGUGUGUGUAGGUGUGUGUGUGUGUGAAAAGAUUUCACCUGUCCCCAUUUUGAAAAUGGCAAUUUAUUGGCUUAAGUGUUAAGGGUUAGGAUUAGGAAAAGUAGGUUUUUGUAAGGCCAAACAAACGUUGGUGUGCCCUUUAGAUACUGUAGCUAAGUAAAUGUGUGUGUUUUUGUGUGUAAUUUUGCAUAUAUUUGGCUAUGCGAGACUUCGCUGGGACAGAAACCUAACAUGAGUCCAUGAUACAGCCUCAGGUCAUGAUAGCAGGGAUAUCUUCUCUAUUCAUAAGUUCACUCUACACAGGCCUAUGUUAUGUAUGAUAGCUUUUUCACACCAAAUAUGUCAUUUUAUCUUGUAAAUAUGAUGAUACUGUACUGACAUUUGUAAAUAAACAAGAUAAUUCCA